AUGGCCUUGAAGGACCUCGCCUGUUUAAUUGCUGUCACUCACUGCGUCUCGGGCAGCCUACAAUUCCUCUCCAGACCAGACCUGUCGCCACCGAGGUUGAACAUCACAGUGCCGGCUUCACCUCAAACCGAGGCAGGCUAUCUCUUCUUUACAGCAGCUCGGGGAGAUACCCCCGAUAGCGCUGGCCCCGAUCAGCCAGGAGCUUAUAUCUUUCGCGACAAUGGAGAACUGGUUUGGUCAGGGGUGGGAUACUGGGCCGGAUGGGUCGCCGAUUUCAGUCCCAUUAUGCUCAAUGGGAAGCCAGCUCUUCGUGACUUUCAGGGUGAUGUGAUUCCCGCUAUUGGUCGGAUGCUUGGAAAUCAUGCGCUCUUGGACAAUUCAUACCGGACUAUCAGUGUGAUUCACGCAGCGACACAUCGUCUCAGCUCAGCGCAUGAAUUCGAGAUGGUCAACGAAAGUUCCGUUUUGAUAGAGACGCCGAUUAUGACAGUUGCUGACCUGAGCUCUUACGGUGGAAAAAAAAGACCAGAAGUUCUUGCUCGAGGGCGGAUUUCAAGACUAGCGAGCCGAUUUUCGAGUGGUCAUCUAGGGGAAAAAUCAGUCCUAUUUUUCAAAAGCUGCUUUUUCUCUCCGAUGCUGACGAAAAUAGACAGCGCCAUUCCAUUGGAUAGAAAGGGCACAUACGACGGCCGCACUUACAAUUCCGCGUGGAAUUAUUUCCACAUCAACAGCAUUGACAAAGACUCUGAAGGAGACUAUCUAAUUUCAGCACGACACUACAACGCCAUAUUUAAAAUAAACGGUAGCAACGGCGAUAUAAUCUGGCAACUCGGCGGAAUGAAACGAUCCACUUUCCAAAUUCCAUCAAACCUGGAGUUUGCCUUCCAACACGACGCUCGCUUUCAAUAUAGAUCGCCGGACGGGGAAAUUGAACAUAUAUCCUUCUUUGACAAUGCGGCUUACUCCGCCCCAGGACGAGAAAUAUCUCCGUGUUCAAGAGGCCGAUACAUUGAACUCAAUAAUACCGCGAAAUCAUCGAAAGAAAUACACACCUACCAUGCACCCAACAACUUGAUUGCGCAUACACAGGGGAGUUUCAGAUUCUUACCAAAUGGCAAUAAACUAGCCAACUGGGGGAGUGCGGGUGCUCUCACUGAGUUUGCGGACGAUGGGACUAUUCUCUUCCACGCGUAUCUCGACUCGUAUCCAAACAAGAAUGUUCAAAGCUAUCGCGGGUUUAAGGCAAACUGGACCGCCGUUCCGAGUGAGGAGCCCGCAGAUGUGGUGGUGUGGGUCUCGUGGAAUGGAGACACGGAGACAAAAACCUGGAAGUUCUAUCUCAUCGAUAAAGAGCCUGGAGAAUAUCAUUUUCUAGGCUCAAGUCGACGAUCUGGCUUUGAGACUCGCUUUGAAACAAUCGCUUCCGCCCCAGACUUCCGGAAUCAUGGAGAACUGCUAGUUGUGGCCGAAGCACUAGAUAUGAAUGGUAAUUCGCUCCGGAAAAGCAGGCCCGUUGCCUUUACAGCAGAUACGACUUAUCAGGACAUCCUUGAAAUACAACGAGCGCAAGAGCAUUCGAAAUCUGGCUUGAGUUAUAAUCGCCUAGAGCUAUGA